AAAACAGCCACUUAUCUGUCCCUUGGUCCCGCGGUGUGUCCCCUGCAGCCCAUUUCACCGAUUGUCCUGUAUUCCAGGAGGCCGGCAUCUUCAGUGUGGGCACCCGGGUGUGACUGCUUGCGGCUUCACAGCCGGGUACUCACUGCACAUGCGCGAGUAGCGCUGCACUUCAUGAAUGGUCCUGUAGUCUUCUGGGACCUGUCACAUGUCCCAAAAGACUACAGGGAGGGAGGACACCUUCCGCUUCUGAUCGCCUAGGCGUUCGGACCAGAAGUGGGAGCGGGUACCUGUCAAAUUCGAGUACCUGCUCCCCCCCCCCGCCCCCCAAAGGGGGGAGACGUCCUUAAAGCGGAACUUCCCCUUUUGGGUGGAGCUCCACUUUAAGA